AGAGAGAGAGAGAGUUAUAUAUUUUUCACCAGGCUCUAGCUAAUUUCAUACAAACUUCGAAGGUACGUUAUACAACUCUCGAUUGAACAAUACAUAAUAUAUGGCUCAAAUAGCAAACAUAGAAGUCCAAGCCGAGAUCAAAGCCAGUGCUGACAAGUUCUACGAAAUCUUUCGUAGCAAAGGGUACCUUUUGCCCAAGAUCUGCCCUAAUAUUAUAAAGGAUCUACAGGUGCUUAAAGGUGAUGGCAGCUCUGUGGGCUCAAUCAAGCAAUGGACUUACGUUGCUGCAGGAAAUUUUUCUGAGGUUUCGAAAGAGACAAUUGAAUCCAUAGAUGAGAAAAACAAAUCAAUCGCCUUCCGAACGGUGGAAGGAGAGGUCACGAAACACUACAAGAGUUUCAAGGCGACAGUUGAAGUUACACCAAGGGGCAAUGGAUGCAGCAGCAGCUCAUCAGUGAAAUGGAACAUAGAAUACGAGAAGCAGAAUGAGGCUGUUCCGGCUCCUAAUAAGUAUCUGGAAUUUGUGGUCAUUCUCACUAACAAUGUUGAUGCCUACCUUCUCAAUAAUGCGUAACAGAUGCUAGUACAAUAUUACCCACAGCUGGUAGUAUUAGCAUAUUA